CCCCUUGGAAUUUGGCCAUUUGGAUGCGAAAGUACUUUUUCCAUUCUUCGUAUGAUUAUUGCUGUGAUAACCCAGAUUAACUUGGUGAGUGUUCAGCUGAUAUACACCACAAUUGGAAAUUGUGGUACUGAUGUUUUCUUCUUUGGACUCGCUAUGCAUACCUGUGGACAAUUUGAAAUUUUAAGAAAUGACCUGACUGAAUUCGGGAUGAUUGGUGAUGGAAUUCAACUUCGUAGAAGUCUUCAUAUUUUAAUUAAGAGACACAAGCAUCUUAUUAAUCUGUCUCAACAACUUGAUGAUUCUUUCAAUGGAAUUCUUCUCAUGCAGCUCUUUCUCAGCUCAUUGGUUAUCGUCGUUUUAGGAAUCCAGAUAAUUAUUGGCGUAAAAGCAGGCAACACUUUAGUGUUUCUAAGGCUGCUGUUUUCAUUCGUUGUUCUGAUGGUGCAACUUUUUCUUUACUGUUACGCUGGGGAUUAUUUAUCAACAUCAAACGAAAUUUUGGUAGAUUCAAUCUACAAGUGCCCGUGGUAUAAUUUAACAAAAAAUUUAGAGAAGGACUUACUUUUUAUGAUGAUGAGGGCUAGAGUGAAAUUUUAUAUAACUGCUGGGAAAUUUUAUAGCAUGGACAUCGAAAAUUUCAAAAAUGUUUUUAAGGCUUCCAUGUCCUAUAUUUCUGUACUACUAGUAAUGCUAAAUUUAGACGAAUGACCCAAGGUAAAACGGUGU